GAAAGCGUCAACAGAGCAACUUCUAGGGACUGUGAGUCUCACCCACUUCUAGGAAAAGAGAAAGAGGUGCCUUCUGGGCCUAUAUAAGAGGCCUUGAGAACUCUCCUGCUUCAUCCAGUUGGAGCCAACUGCUUAGGGGACGCAAAAAGCAGCCAAGUGGGGGAUCAUGGCAUCUUCACCAAGCAUGGCCUGGAACCUGGGAGAUGUUGCCACGAUGCACCACACCGACCAAUAUCGUGGCACGGAGAAUGUGUUCCGGCGAGGACAAGAGUUUAAUAUUAGCCUGAAAUAUCCAGGAGGAGCACCUCCUGCAACUUACCUAACAUUUGCUGUAGCGACGGGGUCAACCUCUGAGUUGCAGGAAAUGACGCGAGUGGAGUUUGGUGUCUCGAGCUCACAUUUGCCUUACUCUUGGAGUGCAGUCCAGACCUCUGCUACUGCAACCGAAUUGGACAUCUCCAUUCAGAGCCCCGUAGAUGCCAUCAUCGGAGUCUACCAGUUGAGCGUCAGGAACAGCUUCCUUUGCCCUUUCCAGCAUAUUGGCACAUUUGUGUUGCUCUUUAACCCUUGGCUGCCAGCGGAUGAAGUCUUCCUGGAUGAUGAUGCACAGCGUGAUGAAUACGUCAAAUCGGACUUCGGCCUUAUCUUCAAAGGAGUUGUUGACAAUAUCCAGGCUUUGCCAUGGAAUUACGGUCAGUUUCAGGAAGACAUUCUGAAUAUCUGCCUCUCCAUGCUGGACCAGAGCAUCCAUUAUCGCUACAACCCGAGCUCUGACGUGCGCCAGCGGAAGGACCCCAAAUACAUUGCUCGGGUGCUCAGUGCCACGGUCAACGACGCUACUGAUGGCAAGGGAGUAUUGCAGGGAAACUGGACUGGGGAUUACGCUGGUGGGAAAGAUCCAAACUACUGGUCGGGAAGUGCGGAGAUCUUGAGGACCUGGAGGGACUCUGGAUUUCAGCCAGUCAAGUAUGGCCAGUGCUGGGUUUUUGCAGGACUCAUGACCACAGUCCUCCGGUGUCUGGGGAUCCCCAGCUGCCCCGUCACAAACUUUGAAUCUGGCCAUGAUCGAAACAGGGACCUCAUUUUGGACCUGUACCUUGACUCCUGUGGAACGUAUCUGCCUGCAGAAAGUCCGGACAGCCUCUGGAACUUCCACGUGUGGACGGGAACCUGGUUUACCCGAACUGACCUUCCCCCUGGAUACGGCGGGAGUCAAACUGUGGACGGAACUCCCCAAGAGAAAAGUGAAGGCAUAUUCCAGUGUGGGCCAGCCUCGCUGACCGCCAUCAAAGCUGGAGACGUGCAGCUGAACUAUGACGGCCCCUUCGUCUUUGCCGAGGUCGAUGCGGACAUUCGCUACUCGAUCUACGACGCCGGAACGGUAACUCCAGUUGCAGCUGACAUCACUAGGGUCGGCCAGGCCAUAAGCACAAAGACUGUGGGCAGGAAUGACCGCCAGGAUAUCACUGACAGUUUCAAAUAUCCAGCAGGAUCUCCCGAGGAAAGGGCAGCGUAUGCCAACGCUCGUAGCAAGCUUCCUCCCCCGAUGAGAGCAGCCCAGGAGCAAAAAGAGAAACCCACCGUCAUCUCCGGGGAGUUCCGGGUGGAGGGCCCCCUGGAGGUCGGCAAGGACGUCAGCUUAAGCCUGGUGCUCAAAAAUGUUGCUUCUGCAGCCAAGUGUAUGACUGUGAAUAUGGCCGCCUGGACAAUCCUCUACACUGGGAAACCCGUCCAUGAAAUCUGGAAGGAUUCCCACCAGGAGACCCUGGGACCCAGCCAACAGAAACCAUUCCCUUUCAAGAUCUCGUAUGCUGCCUACCGCCGAUACCUGACCUCUGACAAAAUGAUUGCGGUGACUGCCUUAUGCAAAGUGGAUGAUGGGAGCUUUGCUGUGGUGGAAAGAGUCGUCAUUCUGUCCAACCCCCAUGUCACCACGAAGGUGCUGGGCCCAGCCAAAGUGGGCAAGGAGGUGAAAGUGGAAGUCAAGUUCGCCAGUCCCCUGGAGGAGGAGCUGAAGGACUGCGUGCUGCAUGCAGAGGGCGCUGACUUGGUGGCCGAGACCCUCAGGUUGCAGGUGGCCCCCCUGAAAGCCAAGGAGAGCUCCCCGGUCCAAUUCACCAUUGUUCCCAGCCGGAGCGGAACCAAGCAUCUCCUCAUCAACUUCUCUUGUGACAAAUACAAGAACAUCAAAGCCUUCGAGACCAUCACAGUGGAAGACUGAUCCUGGAGCCCAGGACGGGGCCGUGCGGGUGACAGGAGCAGCAAGUCCACGGCUGCCGGGCCAGAUGUGGAACAUGCAGCUGUAUGCAGAGCCCCGCCUCCUCACGCAGACAUUUAUGCUAAUCACAUAUAUUCAAACGCAGCUUCCCCAAGUUCUCAUGCAGCAGCUGAGUUGUGUCAGCUGUUGGCAGGUUGGGCCAGCUACGAUGCUUAGCUAAAGUGCAAUGUAUCCUAGACAAGUCCAAGAGAACAAGUGUCCAGCAAAGCACAGCAAGAGAGAGUGCCUGUUUUGGUGGCAGAGCUACGCAGAGUGGAACAGGGAGGAGGAGUUGAGGGGUUUUGAGGGAAGGGGGAUGAGGAGCUCACAGAGGCUGAGGGUGGGCAUCCCCUGGACAAGGCCGCAACUACAUCUGUGCAACUCCCAGGCAGACACCCAACACCCCCCCCCACCCUGGGGCCUUUAAGACCCCCAUGGCCUUUAAGACAUAUUAAGGGAUUGUGCAGGAAUGGAUGCUCCUCAUACUAGGAGAUUUCCUUUCUGACACCCAGCAAUCCCAGGAACAGAAAGACCCAUCAGGUCAGGGCUCAUACGACCAAGUAAGUCUGGAGAAGCUUGUGAGCCUGCUGUUUCUUUGUCUCUCAUGAUUCUCCUGUGCAAGUGUGAAAUUACCAUUGCUGCUUAAUAAAGGCCUUUGCUUCCUCCUG